GAGCUAUUUUAUCGACUGUAGAUGUAAAUUAUAAAAUUUUAAGGAGAACCCACUUGAAUCAAUGAAACGACGUGAGAGCAGACUGAAGUCUGGAUACACGGAUGCAAUCCUCGGCGGGAUCAGCUUGAGAAGGAACAGGGGAUAAAGGGAUGCGUGGUGCGCGCUUUGUCGGCCAUUACGGAUUCGUUUGGAUUCAUUUUCGUGGACGCGUUGUUCAACUUCGGAAUUGUUUUUGACAAAUAUCGUAGUACAAGGAACCGAGGCUAUUAUUGAAAUCGAUUGAGCGAGAAUCCGGAUUUCGUCAGACAUGGACGUGAAUAGAUCCAGCAACGGUGACUACAAGUAUCAGAGAGAUGAGGAUGUCGACGAAAAACCCAGGUCACUCGAUGAGUCUGAGAAGGAUCACCAGUCCGACAAGGCCGGCGAGUAUAUGAACGAGCUCUUGCAAGAAAAGAUCGAAUUAGAUGGGCAAAAAUGGCCCAACGCCAUCCGAUUGUUGGAUCAAGAAAUUCAAAAAACAGAAACUUUGCGAAGACCAAUGAGAGAAUCAAAAUAUGUGGAUAUCUAUCGUGAAAAGCAUGUUCGUGUAUCUGUCAAAGUACUAGUACCCAUCCGUGAACAUCCUAAAUUUAAUUUUGUUGGGAAAUUGCUUGGUCCGAAAGGCAAUUCUAUGAAACGCUUGCAAGAAGAGACAAUGUGCAAAAUGGCAGUGUUAGGCAGAGGAUCUAUGAAAGAUAAACAAAAAGAAGAAGAACUUCGUGCUUCCAUGAAUUUGAAAUAUGCGCAUCUUGCCGACGAUCUGCACGUGGAGAUUACAGCUAUUGCCCCACCGGCGGAAGCUUAUGCUCGUAUUGCUUUCGCGCUCGCCGAAGUGCGAAAAUAUUUAAUUCCCGAUAACAAUGACAAUAUACGCCAAGAACAAAUGCGUGAAAUGGAGAUGGGCAUGUCUGAUGAUACUGUCUCAAACGAUCGCAGACCUUCGAUGAGAGGACCUUCGAAUCUUGAUGGUAAUAUACCGAGGCCUGCUGCAAGACAGGGACCUAGACAGUCUAGAGCUAUGUUUCCUCCACCUGUGAAUCGUGGGCCACAUGCUCGUGGACCUGCAGCAUCUAAAUCAAAGGUGUUCUCCAUUUUGGAUCGUGCGAGAGUUGCUAUGGAUCAAGGUUACAAUUAUGAUAGUCAAACUCCUGCAACAAAUCGUACUGGAUCACAUGAUUUUGAUUAUCACGGUUCAUCAGGUGGUAACAAUCGAUAUGGUGAUCGUUAUACAUCAAAUGCUGGAUACACGACUUACGAAUAUGAUGAUGAGUCUGCACCACAUUCUUCACGUGAUUAUUACGACUCUUCUGAUUAUACAGACGAGUCGUCGAGCCGCGCUUGGAAAUCUUACAAGACUACAACGACGUCAGGCGCAGCCUCGCGUUACCGCACUACCCCAUAUACACGACCUUCCAACAUUGUUGCUAAUUCAUUGGCGGCUAAUCUUCCUUAUGCACGGCGGCCUAUAAUGCCCAAUAUGCAGAAACCGAUAAAUGAAAGAAAUCGUCCUUAAUUGAUCGGCGAACGAAGAUUAAUACGAUUAUUUUUCGCGGCCACUGGAUAAACAGGAAUGUAUAAACCUGACCUAUAAUUAAACCUUAAAUUAAAAUAUGGAAUUUACACACGAAUCAAAAUUCGAUAUUUUUAAUUAAUAA